AAGGAAAUAGGAGGAGUACACUGUGACUUACAGCUUUGAUGCUUCGCUGCGCUUUUACAACUGGAAAACAAGACCAUGAAGACAAAUUUGUUGUUCACCUUCAUUUUCAUCCAGCUCUCUAAAGCCUGUGCAGAGGUGAUCUUCAGGAGUCUGAUGGAGAACCAGUCCAUGGAGCUCUCUUGCUCCCUCCAGCAGAACCUGGGCAGCCUGACGCACCUCCACCUGUACCACCGCGGUGUCCAGCACCAGAUCACGCUGCUCUCCAUGGCAGAUGGCGGUGAGGUCAGGCUCUCACCAGAGCAUAGGGGGCGUAUGCAGCUCAGAGGAGGACUGCACUCCCUGCACGUCAACGUCACCAUAUCUCACUUAGAGCACAGUGACACAGGACUGUACAUGUGGGAGCUGAGCUACAGAGAGAUGGACAACACUGACCUCAUCCACAGCGACACAAAGGUUUUCCUUCUGGUUGAAGGGACAGGAAGGCCAUGUCAGUGCUCUUCCACCUACCCUGCUCUGCUGUUGACCAUCUUUGCAGCAGCAGGGCUUGUUUUGCUCUUGCUUAGUUGGCUGUUGGCCACUGAGAAAUGUGUGCUGCAUCAUCAUCACAGUCCACAACCUUCUGCUCCCAUCUACGAGGAAAUGACCAGGAAGCAGCAGAGUGAGCUAAUCCCCCAAAAUAACCACAAGGCCCCCUCACACCUGGAGGAAGACAACUUCCCUGUGUACGCCAACCCCAACAUCCUACACCAACAGGACAACUACUACGCCUGCCCCAGACAGCUCGCCCUCAGAGACUGACGUGGAUUCUGGUGGUGGACUUCAACUGGUGCCGCAAACAUGUACAGGCUGCACCGAUGGAGACUCAAGUUGUGAAGGCACGGAGACAAAACAUUAAAUAAAACAAAUGAUCAAAUGUCACAUUUUAACAGCCAAGAAAAACGAUGCUAUUUUAUUAAUAUUUGAAAGAAGCUCCAUAGUUCAUGAAAACAUUUGUUUCGGUGCAUGUCAUUUAACAAUCACAUUCUAUGAGGAGAAAGAGAUAUACAGAGAGAAAAAAAAAUAAAA